GAGAUUACACGCCCCAUGCAAUGCAAUGAUUGCAUUUGAAGCAUUCUGCGAGAUUCUUUAUCAGUCGGGACACAUUAUUACAGCGUACCGCGUUUUUCACGGAGAAUACUUCACCACCACAGAACAUUGCUUUAAUUUACAAGUAAUCCCAAAUUUCUUCAUGAAUGUCGCCAAUUUCCUCAAUUUAUGCAUUGGCAUCGAUCGACUGUUCGCAAUUCUAUAUCCUUUAAUGUAAGU